UUAUUAAGGCUGAUGUCGACGUGCCGGUAUAUGUGUAUCAGACCUCAUAAUGAUAGGCUACUGCAGGAAUUAAUUAAACGACCCGACCCAACCUGCCAAAACACACGCCCGCUGGUGCAGUUUAUCUGUCCAAACCCUGUCCAUUUCUGAGAGAUACAGACCAGUUAACAACCAGCAGCUCGAUAUCAUUCAAUGGUCUACUGUGAAGUAUUGAUGUUUCUCCUCAUAAAAAAAGUCGUGGUUUAGGAACAAUGCAAAUCAACAGGGUGGUUUCUUGGCUUUGCUCCCUGCAUGCGCAACUCGAGUCAAAAUGAUGCGUUUCCAAGCAGGUUUAAGACGGAUGCCUCAACCACCUGCGGCCACCAUCUCACCGCUCCAGUGAGGGUUCUUCAGGUCAACCAUAGCCAUCUGAUAGCAGUAGACUCCAACUAGUGGACUGAGUCCUGGAUUCCUGAUUCCUCUUCUGCUGAGACGGACCUCCAGGACUAGGACAAGAUGAAACCGGAUGGUGUUGACACGGCAACAAUGGAGCCAAUGGAAGCAUUAAAUGCAGGUCCUGCGGUCGAAGUGGCGCCAGUGGGCGAAGCUCAGGACCAGGCUUUGCCUGCAACGCAAACAGAAGGUGAACCACAGCAAACAGAGGCAACCAACAAGACUGGAAAGGACAAGUCUGGGGAUCCCAAAGCUAAGACGAAGACUCCUGCCAAAACAAAGACACCCACCUCUGGAACCAAGACAUCUACAACCGGCUCCCGUCCCUCCACUGGCCAAAGCCAUCUGAUAAACGGGGCACAGAAGUCGCAAGCUAAUGGCGUCACCAAAAAGACCACCACAGCAGGCCUGGAGAAGAAAACCUCAACCACUGCUGCCACUAAAAAACCAGUCAGCUCUACUCCCGCACCCACAAACAAGGUGGCUGAGAAAAAGCCUGUGGGGAUGGCGAGACCUGCCAGUGCUCCAGCCAAUGGUGUGAAGACAACAGGGGCAGCACAGCUCAUCAAGAAAGCCCCUGCUGCACCAGCUAAUGGUCUGAAGUCUAAACCAAAAACUACAGCUCCAGCUCCAAGACCCGCCACUGCGUCCACCACUAAGACCAGUAUCACUGGCUCUCCCAAACCUGAUAGGCCACCUGUCGCCAAGACAACCAGGUCUGUUGGCUCUGCUCCUGCCGCCCGUUCUUCCCCUGCUGCCCCUAAGCCUGGGACACAGACAACUGCCAGCAAGACAUCUACAACCGCAUCUAGGCCAACUACUGCUACACCCAAGACACCAUCUACUACUGCUAAACCCUCUCCUGCUAAAACCACAGCUCCCCCUGCUGGCCGCACUCCCACUCCUAAGACCACAACACCUGUCAAGAAAGAUGUCAGUAAGCAGUCAUCUGCUCCAGCAGCCAAGAAGCCCACUUCUUCUCCACUUACCCGGCCAGCACCAACUAAGACCACCAAACCUGACACCCUUAAGUCAGCCUCCACUGCCAAGGCAGAAUCAGUCUCCAAAAAACCCACCACCUCCAGUAAGGGGGCAGAUGUUAAGACUAGUAAACCCAAGGAGAGCAAAGCAACACCUUCCAAGGAGGUCAACGCAAGCCCCAAGACCACAGGCAGCAAGCCCAGCACUAAAACAAGCAGUCCAAAGAAGUCAGUUGGCAGUAGUACUCCAAAGCCAUUGAAGGGUGGCCCAAAAGCCUCCCAGCCUGCAGACGCAGCAGCUACAGAUGCUGAGAACAAGGACAUGGUACCCGCUAUGGUUGCAGCCACUACUGCAGCUGCUGCUGUUGUUUCUAUGGUGACCUCUGAGGCAGCACCUGAAGACUUAGCCACAGCUUUUGUUCCUGUUGCCACUGAAGAGGCACCUGAGGACUUGUUUACCCAGGUCAAUCCUGCUGCCUCUGAGGUGAAAUUAGAAGACUCAUUUACAACUCCAAUUUCUGCUUCCUCUGAGGACUCUAAAGAGGAUUCAAAAGAAAUGGACAAACCUGUCAUUGCCCCUAUCACUACGAAAGCACCUGAAGACAAAGUUACACCUGUCAUUCCUCCUGUCUCUGAGGGAUCACCUGAAGACUCUGUUACACAUUUCAGUCCUGAAGAAACAUCUGAAGACAGAACUAUGUCUGCCAUUCCACCUACCUCUGAUGAGGUACGAGAGGAAACUGUUUCACCUGUCAUUCCUUCUGAAGAAACACCUGAAGAUGUAACUACAUCUGUCAUUCCUCCUACCCCUUUUGAGGAACGAGAAGAAACUGUUUCACCUGCCAUUCCUUCUGGAGAAACACCUGACGAUGUAACUACAUCUGACAUUCCUCCUACCUCUUAUGAGGCACGAGAAGAAACUGUUUCACCUGCCAUUCCUUCUGAAGAAACACCUGAGGAUGUAACUACAUCUGUCAUUCCUCCUACCUCUUAUGAGGCACGAGAAGAAACUGUUUCACCUGCCAUUCCUUCUGAAGAAACACCUGAGGAUGUAACUACAUCUGUCAUUCCUCCUACCUCUUAUGAGGCACGAGAAGAAACUGUUUCACCUGCCAUUCCUUCUGAAGAAACACCUGAAGAUGUAACUACAGCUGUCAUUUCCCCUACCUCUUAUGAGGCACCUAAAGAAUCCAUUUUACCUGUCAUGCCUCCCGCCUCUAACAAAACACUUGAAGACACAACUGCAUCCGUCAUUCCCCCUACCUCUUAUGAGGCACCUAUAGAAACAACUUCAUCUGUCAUUCCUCUAGCCUUUGAAGACGAACCCGAAGACACAUUUACACCUGUUAUUUCUCCUACUUCUGAUGAGGCGGAGCUUGUCUAUUCCCAGGAUGUCCCCCAGAGCAUGGACACUUCUAAAGAUGACAAUGUAAUGUCUCAGCUGGCUGCUGAAGUGGACUUGGUCAGUCUAGAGGAGCCAGUGCCUGCUGUGUCUUCCCUGGGCACAACAGUAAUGUCCCCACCAUCCUCUCCCACCGGCCCAACAUCCAUGCCAGUUGAGCUCCCAAGUUCAGUUCCCUUCCUGAGCACACAGGGUCCAUCUGAACCAUGGGCACAGAGAUCUUCACUGUACUCCAGCUCUGCAACCAUAGAGAACCAGGAGCAGGAUAUGGAAAGAGAGCAUGAUGAAGAAAGUGAACAGGAUGAUGAAAAAGAUCAGGAUGAUAUACAGAUACCUUAUGCUGCAGAUAAUGUGAUCAAAGACUUUCAUCUGAUGGGCUCCACUAGUGGGGAUCACAUCAGAAAUGCAGCUCCUGUCUCCCCCUUGCAAGAACGAGAAGAGGCAGUGGAGAAAGCUGAAGAAGAGAUUAAUGAAGACAAUGAUGAGGAGGAGGAGGAGGAGGAAGAGAAAGAGGAAGAGGAGGAGGAAGAAAAAGAGUUAAAAGUGAUUGGCAUAAAGGAAUCAGUGCCCCAAACAGAGAAAGAAGUUGACUUUAAAAAGGGGGUGGCAGAUUUUGCCAGCUCUGACUGGGGUAUGAUGCAAUCAGAUGACAUGUACAGCAGUAACAAACAUGACUCAGAAGUGACAUCUCCUUUUAAUGCUGAAGACAGUUGCAGUGCUAAAGAUACAGAUGACUUCACCAUAACCGAGGCAGACAGGGAACAACCAUUCACAGGGCCUCCUGGAAUCCAGUCAUUUGGUAGUGAAGAUGAGGAAGAGGAUGAGGAAGAAGAGCAUUUGAAGGAAGACAUAGAUCUGGCAUUAGAGCAUGAUGAUGAACAUCUCAAACAACAGAAAGACUUAGAGGAAGCAGAUGAAGAUGUGGAGAUGGUCUGCAGAGGCAUGGCUGAGAGUGGACUUGGGGUUCGUACAAAUGAUGGUAAUGAAGAUGAAGAUGAAGAUGAUGAUGAUUACAGAGAUGAAAGUGAUCUAGUUCUCAACAGCAUGGGUCACACUGCUCAAGCAACAUCUAUGCCUUCGACAGCAGCAUGGAGUAAUUCCAAUCCAUUCUCUGAUCCCUGGGCCCAGCCUUCUUUCGCCCUGUCUGAAUCAAACCUGUCAGAUUCAAGAGUUCAAGAUCCAGACACACUCGCCAAAUUCCAAGCCGACCUAGACACAAUCACCACAUUCUCAGCUGAACCAGAUACACCACCCAAAUCCCCAUCUGAGACUUUUCUGGACACAAGUCCACCCCUGAUUCAGACCUUAGAACCUCAACCUGACAUCCAAGAGGAGACAGGUAUCUCAGUCCCAGUGGAGUCGGGUAUCUUGGCUCCUCCUGCCAUUGGAAUGUCCCAGUCCAGCACCCUCAGUGGAACAGCCCUGGCUGCCCAUAGCAGCAGUGAGACCAGCACACCUGAAGAGCUUCGAGAUUAUGACAGCAGCUCAGGUGUAGAAUCCCCAUCAGACAAGCAGCAGACGCCAGUCCCUGCCAUGCAUACAGACAUGGAGCAGGACCUAGGUAUUCACCUUGAGCGAGGUGAUGGGGAGGAGGAAGAGGCAGAAACGCUGCCAGCUGACGAAGUACUGGGUGAUGCCGCAACAGCACCAGCCUCUGUACCAUCAUCACCAUCAACCUCCGGUGAUGAAGCCAGUGAUACAGAGGGUGAGAUGCAAAUCAAUGACCCUGAUGUUGCAGUUGAUGACAAUGCCACAGUCCCCCACAACCUCACUGCCCUGGAGGAAGACGAGGAGGCUCCUGAACAGAUUGGAGAGGAAGAUGGUGAUACGCCUCAGUCAGCCAACUCUGUGGCCUCCUACGGUUUUGACGGCUCCGCAUCCAUCUCCAAUGCCCACUCUAUGGCUGAAAGCUGUGGAAAGAGUCCAGGCAUCUUUAGCCUGGAAAAUGAAGAGCAGCUUCCGGAAGAGGCCAAGGAUCCUUCUUUCAUCAAGGAGCUCACCCUGCCAGCAGCUACCGCCUACAGUGAUGACUUGUUGGGCUGCCCAGUGGAUUUGCUGCCUAUCAGCGAGCCCACAGAGAGGGAUGCUGGGUUUGACGAGCACUACAUGCUGUGCAGUAAGACAGACCCAGGCGCGAUGGAGGAAAUGGAUCCUGAGUCCCCUAUGCACCUAUCACCCCAACAUGGGGACGAUUCUGACCGUCAGCCACCAUACUACUCUACUAUAUGUGAUAAGACUGAUAACUUUCUGGCAGGUAACGUAUAAAGUCCCUCUUUUGGAAUGCACCUUGUCUACCCCAACCCCCACGCUCCCACCCUGUGUCCUUCAUUUCUUCCAAAUGUGGGGUUAACAAGCAAAGAAAUGAAUAGAAAUAUGUAAUAGAAGAGGGAAAGAAAAGAAGAGCCAUCAGGUGAGGGAUAGUAGCUUUGUCUGAGCUGCUCUCUGUUCUUCUAUUACCACGGUGAUGGUUAUGAUUGUAUGGCUUAAAUUUCUGUAUGUACAGUAGCUAUUCUCAUUUUCUAUUAGAAUGUACUUUUUAAAUAACACUGCGUUUCAUGGCACCCCUGAACCUGCUAUGUUAGUCUAAGUUAAGUUGAUGUCCUUUAAUGAAAGGACAAAAAUGCAAAAAA